AUGAAUAUAUAAAACUUUUAGGAGUUCUUUCCUAAUGAUUAUAUUCAUCUUCUCUUAGCAGCUUUUAGUGCAGAAGAAACAGGAACUAAAGGGGGAUAAUGUCCUUUAAAAAUAUCAGAUGAUGUAAAGUUUAAAUAAGAAACUGAAAUCUAUAAAUUUAUGAAAUAAGAGAAAGAAGUAGAUAUGAAUGAACAUUUAAAAUUUUGGAAAAUAUCUGAGAUUUUUGAUAAUUCAAAAUCUGGAUAUUUAGGUUUAUUAUUAGAAAAUAAAGAAAAAAGAUAAUUAGUAUUAUCACAUAGAUCAACUAAUUUCAAAUUAUCUUUCUGUAGCAAUCUGUUCAAAUAAUCAGGUGUUUAAUGUGAUAUUAUGUCAGUUGUUAUAGGUGUUUUUUCAACUCAUUAAGCAUAAGCAUAUUAGGCUACUUAAUAAGCAGUAUAGAAGGCUAGAGAUUUGAAAUAUUCUCUAUCAUUUUGUGGUCAUUCUUUAGGAGCAUGGUUAGCAGAAUUAAGUGUUUAUUAUUGUCACUAAUUAUUUAAUCCACCUUUUCCAAAUGUAAAAGCAGUGACCUUUGAUGGACCAGGCAGUUUUGAAAUGAUGUAGUAAAUGGAUUAGCAAACUAUAAAAGGAUAAAGCUAGUUAUUUUAUCCAGAAUAAUUUGAUAUAGUAUUUUAUUUAUCUGCCCCAAAUAUGGUUAAUUGUAUGAAUUCUCAUAUUGGGAUUGGGUAUAGAUUAUAAUAAGAAAAUUUUGCUUCAAUUUAACUUCCUAAGUGUAUUAACAAAGUUACUGGAAUGCUUUAGACAUAUGUAGAUUCUCUGGAGACAAUGAUAGGACAUUAACUUAAAUGUAUUAUACCAAUGUUUGAUCACCAAACUGGAAAACCGAAACUGGAGCAUUACUCAAGAAUUAUAAAAUGGCCAUCAAUAAAAUAUAAAAACUACUCAUAAUAAAGUAAAAUACAUUUGGAUACAAUACUUUUGAUGAUAUAUCCAAUUGGUCUAAAGAUAUUGUUGGUAAAAAUAAUGACGAAAUAUUUUGUUAAUAUGUCUAAUUAUGUAACAUCUUGUUCAGUUUUCGUUGGAUUAAUAGAAUAUUUUCGCGGAAAUAUUAAUUUUGAUCAAUUUAAUAAAAUUCAUGAAAUUUUAAAUAAAACAAAUUAAUAUUAACCUAAAGUAAAAAAUUAGGAAGAAUUUGAUUUAUAAAUAAAGGGCGGCUAUUAUAUGAAUAAUCCAAAUGAAUAUGAAAGGAACACGUGCAAUCCUAAAUUAAUUGAUCAUAUUGAUGAACAUCUUAUUAAUAUAAAGAUAAAUACUUAAAGGAUUGAUAAUUCAUCAUGUAAAAGAAUAUUUAAAUAAAUUUUAAUUUAGAUUUCAAAUACUUAUGAAUAUAAGAAGAGAGGUUUUUAAUCAUGCAUUACAAUUAAGCAAUAAUUUAGAGAUUAAAUAAAUAUUAAUAUUUUAUUAAUAUUUUAAGAGAUCAAAUAAGAAUGAUAAUAAGAGAUUAUUAGGAAGAUUUUGAACAAUUUUUGAAUGAAAAUCCAUACUUUGAUAAUAAAAAAAUUACCUGUUUUUUCAAUAGGUUAUUUUUAUAUGAUGAAAAUUAUGUUUAGAGAAAAGAAUUAGAAUAGAUUGAAAAAGCAUUCUCUUAAUCAAAUGUUGUUGUCAUAACUGGACCUUCACAAUUUGGAAAAACUACAUUAGCUUAUUAAUAUGUAAAAAAACUUAAAGACGAAAUCAAUGCCAUAGUAUUACCAUUUAAUGCUGAAAAUAAUUCAACAUUGUAUUCGGAUCUUCAAUAUUAUCAUCAUCAUUUAUAUCAAAUACCCAAUUAAACCUUUACAUUUGAAUAUUUAUAGUAAGAUUUAUUGGCUAAAAUUUAAAAUACCAAUUAAUAAUUAAUUAUCAUAUUUGAUAAUGUCAAAAGUCUUGAUAUAAUUUAAACCUUAAUCACUAAUCUAAAAUAAUUACAUAGAAUAAUAAUAACAACAGUUAAUAAUCAAAUAUUUUCUUAAACUAAUUAUUAAUUGUUAAAUAUUUCAGCAUUGACUGAAUAAGAAUGUCUCAAUUAUAUUAAUAAUUCUAUUCAUAAGAGAAAAUUGAAUGAUGAAUAAAAGAAGAUGCUAAUACAAUCUUCUAAUAGCAUUCCUAAGCUUCUUCAUAUUUAUAUAGCUUAAUUAAACAAUCCAGAUAAUGUGCUUGAAUAAACUGAAAUAAUAUUGAAAAAUUUAAAUUAAUCAAAUAAAUACAGCAGUCUAAUAGAGUAAAUAUAAGAUGAUUUUUGUAUAAAAAUACUGAAAUAUAUCUCAUGGUUAUAUCCAAAUAAAAUUGAAAUGCAUUUAAUAUAAUAAUUACUAUAAACUACUGAAUCAAAUAAAGAAAAUACAAUAUAAAAAGGUUUAAUAAAACUUUCAAAAUUAGGAUUUAUUAGUAUAUUAGGAAAUUAAUGUAUUAUGAUAGAUACUGUUAUCUAAGAGGAAUGUAGAAGACUACAAUAAUCUUAAGAAUAUUUAUUAGAAAUCUUAAAAUAGUUUUACGAAUGGUUACCUGAUAUUUAAACUGAAAAACAUACUAUAAAUGCAUAGGAAAUAGCAUAAUAUUAUUAUAUACAUGUAAAAGAAGUAAUAACUCUUAUAGAAUAAAAACAUCUAUUUAAAUAUUUUUUAAAUAACAAUUUUGAUCUAUUUGAAUAUGCAACUAUGAUUACUUUAAAAUUAAGUAUUGUUUAUCAGUUUUUAAUUCAUGAUUAUUAGUCUAGCUAAAAAUAUUUAGACCUUUUUGGCGAACAAUAUUAUCAAGCUAUGAAAACUAUGAAUUCCAUUAAUCUUUAAGCACUCACUAUUGCUAUAAUCAACAAUACUUAAUUAUAUUUAACUAUGAAUAAAAAGUAAGAAGCACUUACAAAUUCUGUUUUAUUUUAAAUUAUUGAAACAGAAAUAUUUGAGAUCUCACCUUUUCUUAAAUCAAAUAUGUAUAAUUAACUAGCAAUUUUAUAUUAGUAAUAUUAAUAGUAUGAUCUAUCUAAUUAACAAUUAGAGAAAUCAAAGAAGAUAAAAUGUCUAAAUUAAAGUGAAGAUGAUCUUAGAAUUCAAAAAAUACUAAUGAUAUAAGCAGAGAACUUUUUACUUUAAAAAUAUUAUAAUUAAGCAUAAAUCCUAUAUAAAAAAGCUUUAUAGCAUUUGUAAUUAAUUGAAAAUAAUAAUACUCUAAGAGAAGUUUAGUUAAUUAAAGCUUAAUUAUAUUAUUAAUUCGGUAGAAUAUCUUUUAAAUUAAAACAAGAUUCUUAAGAAACUUAAAAAUAUUUUGAUGUAGCUGUUAAAAUUUGGUAAGAGAAACUUAAUAACAUAGAAUCCAUUGAAAUGGCUAAUUUCUAAUACAAUAUUGGAUUAGUCUUCAAAUAAAUGAAAAGAUAUGAUGAAUCUCUUAACGCACUAGAAAAUGCAGAUUAAUAAAAAAAGAAAAUUAUAGGAGAAGAAAAAAAUGAAUAAUUUGCAGUAAUAUCUUAUUAAAAAGGAUUGAUAAUGAUAGAAAUGAAAAAAAUAGAUUAAGCAGAACAAGAGUUAAUUAAAGCAUAAAAUAUUAUGUAAAUAUCAAAUAAUUUUAAAUUAAAAUCUAAAAUUGAUUUAUAAUUAGCACUAAUAAAUGAAUAAAAAGGCUUAAAGUUUGAGUUUAUCAAAGCCUUAGAAGAAUUGAUAAGCAAAAAGAGAAAUCAUUAUGCAUAUAUUCAUCCUUCAAUAAAUAAUGAUAUAUUGAGUUUAGCUGAUGCUUAUGAGAAAAUACUUAAAGAUACUGCAAAAUAAACAGUACUUUAUUAAUUAAUUUACUUCAUAACUAUUUUGCAUGAAAGUUAAAUUUAAUGUUAUCAACAAAAAAAUCCAAUUACUGAUUAAAUAGAGUAAGCCAAAUUUUAAGCUAAUUAUAAAUAAAUUAAUGCAAAUUGGCUUAGAAAAAACAAUUCAUAAAAUAUUAUAAAAAGGUUUUAACCAAAUUUCUUUGAAUUGGAUUUAUAAAGAACUUUGAUAUUAAGAAGUGGAAUAAUAACUAAAGAGGAAUUUGAAAUUAAAUAAAUUCUUCAAACAUCAACUCUAAAUUAUAUAAGAUAAUAUACCUUUGAAGGAAAAUGGGAAAGAAGUAUAUUAUCUGGGUUUACACUAUAAGGUGUCUAAAAUUUUAUAAACAGAAAACAUUUAAAUAAUUAACUUAGAGGAGAAUUGAAUAAAAAUUAGAAUUUAAAAAUAACAUUGAUGCUUUGUUUUGAAGCAAUCAAUAUUGGAAUAGUACAAUCAAAUUUUGAAUACAUUUCAUUUGCUAAUCGUUUUAUUACCAAAAUAAUUCGAUAUCAAUAAAUGUAAAAUUUCUUAGAAGAUGUUAUUUAAUUACAUCCUGAAUAUUUUAUUGAUGGAAAAAUUCUAAAGUCUUUAGUAAACGAUAAUACUAUCUUACAAGAAAAUUUAGGAAAUGAAGAGAAAAAAAUUAGUUCUAAUAAAAUUAUAAGUGAUAUUAUAUUCAACAUGUGUUGA